AUCCUCUCCACUGGGGGAGGAAAAAUCAGGAUUAAAAUAACCUGGACUUCCGCUGCUGGGCUAACGUUCCUGCAACCAUCUUCCAUUUUACAGCUGGAAACGGGACACUCGUGUGAAUUUUUGAUAGAGAAGCCUAGAGAGGCCAAACCCGGAGGAAAUCCUGGAAGGAGCCGGAGGUGAGAAGAUAUGCACCCAACAUGGCUUUUAUGUCUCUCAGAUAAGGUGUGAAGAGAUGGCCCAGGCUGGGCCGAAAGAACCGAAACGGACUAACCGCGUCCUGCUGGUCAAGAGAAUAAUAAUGAACGAUGACAGCAACCCGAUGCAGCAAGGAAUCGGGAAGCCGAGUGUGUACCAUGCAGUGGUGGUCAUCUUCUUGGAGUUUUUUGCAUGGGGGCUGCUCACCACGCCAAUGCUUACCGUUCUACAUGAAACAUUCCCACAGCACACGUUCCUGAUGAAUGGCCUCAUUCAGGGAGUGAAGGGUUUGCUGUCUUUCAUGAGCGCCCCAUUAAUCGGCGCGUUAUCAGAUGUCUGGGGCAGGAGAUCUUUUCUGCUGGUGACAGUGUUUUUCACCUGUGCACCCAUCCCUCUGAUGAGACUCAGCCCCUGGUGGUACUUUGCCAUGAUCUCUGUGUCUGGGGCAUUCUCGGUCACCUUCUCGGUCAUCUUCGCCUAUGUCGCAGACGUUACCGAGGAGCGAGAGAGGAGCACUGCAUAUGGACUUGUGUCGGCCACGUUUGCAGCAAGUUUGGUGACGAGCCCUGCGAUCGGAGCUUAUCUCUCAGCGAACUACGGGGAUAACCUGGUGGUCCUGGUAGCUACGCUUAUCGCACUGGCAGAUAUAUGCUUCAUUCUGCUGGCCGUUCCCGAGUCUUUACCCGAAAAGAUGAGGCUGAACACCUGGGGAGCGCCGAUCUCCUGGGAGCAGGCGGAUCCAUUCGCUUCUCUGAGGAAAGUGGGGAAGGACACAACUGUGCUACUCAUCUGCAUCACAGUGUUUCUGUCAUACUUACCUGAGGCCGGCCAGUAUUCCAGCUUCUUCCUGUAUUUACGACAGGUCAUUAACUUCUCGCCCACUACAAUCGCCGUGUUCAUCGGAGUGGUGGGGAUCCUCUCCAUUGUGGCCCAGACGCUUUUUCUCACGCUGCUAAUGAGAACCAUUGGGAACAAGAACACGGUUCUGCUGGGCCUCGGAUUCCAGAUCCUCCAGCUGGCGUGGUAUGGCUUCGGAUCUGAACCAUGGAUGAUGUGGGCAGCCGGAGCCGUGGCAGCCAUGUCCAGCAUCACCUUUCCUGCAGUGAGUGCACUUGUAUCUCGCAGUGCCGAUCCAGAUCAACAAGGGCUAGUGCAAGGAAUGAUCACAGGCAUCCGAGGCCUAUGUAAUGGCUUGGGUCCGGCUCUCUACGGCUUCAUCUUCUUCCUUUUUGACGUGGAGCUGAGUGGAAUAGCUCCGAUCCAGACAGACUACAACAUCCCUCUUCAGACUCCCAGUGAGCGGGUGGCAAUCCCAGGCCCCCCUUUCCUGCUGGGUGCAUGCACGGUAUUGGCAGCCUUAAUUGUGGCAAUGUUCAUCGAAGAACAGCCGACAGCGGGGGCCAAGACGUCCCAAGAGCUGAAGAGUAGCGGAAGUCUGACAGGAGUGCAUGCCAUCAUGCCGCUUCCGGGCAGCGACGAGGACUUUGAGCCUCUUCUAGAGGACAGCACUGUGUGAAUGUGUGACCCAGCAAACUUUCUGAACUCCAGCCCUCGGAAUGAGUGAGCAUUACCACCCCCUCCCCAUCCCCCCCUUACCAACUGUAAGCCUCCCAGAAGAUUUCUUUUGUUUUUUUAUUAAUUUUUUUUAUUUUAUUUUAAGCUUUAUGUUGUCGUUUUUAACUUGGUUAGAUGUUUUGUUUCAAAUUUUAAAUUUCAAACCAAAGUUUUCCAUGAAACAAAGUUUUUUAAACUCUGUUUUGCCACAGCAAAAGGGCUUGAAUGUGCUGUAGCUGAAAUGGAGUAAAAACUUUUGGAAAACGCA